AAGAUGUUCCGCUCCGUCCUCUUUGUCGUCGCCUCCUCCUUGCUGGCUGCAUCGUGCGUCGAGGCAUUUGGCUUGAGCGCGCCUCUUGCUCUCAGAGGCAAGGCUCCAGCCCUGGCAGCCUCUGCCCGCGUUCGCAGCAGUCCUCGCUUGGUGGCUCCCAGGUGGCAGGUCAUCUUCGAUUCUGGAAGCGAGUGGAAGCCCGAUCACCAUCAGGGGAACUCAGGGAAUGUCGAUGUUGGCGAUUAUUUCCCUGACGAGAACGGCAACGUGGUCGACUCAACUGGCUUCACGUCAGGAGCCGCGGCGACUGGAGGAGAUGCGAACACGAAGCUGUCGAGCAUGCUUUCGGCGGACAAGACCGAAGUCAGGACGGUUGAGCGCCUGACUUACGACAAAGUAGAGUUCAAGGCCCAUCCCUGGAGGAUCGACGGAGACUUUGCUUCUGGAGACCCCCGAUUUGAUCUCCGCAUGAACAGUGCCAUGGGCGAGGCCUCUACGGAGAUCAUGAUCGAGCCAAACAGCAUGACGUUUGAAGACUUCGUAGCUGGCUUCACCCCGGACUCUGCACCAGGGUGGAAGGUCGAGCCCUCCAGCGGAACUCUUCAGCGAAGAGGAGGGGAGCCCCAGUUCAUGGAGGUUAAAUACACGGGAAGCAUCGCUGACAAGGGCGAGAAAUUCGGCACUCUCGUCGUGGUCCUCCCUAACGACAACUUCUCGUGGACUUUCAAGUUUCGUUGCAUCGUCUGAGUUGCCGAGUAGUUUCAGCUAGUCGGACUUCAAAGUCUCAGCUACUACUAGUAGAGUUUCCGGGCACCGAACUCGGCCCUUGAAGACCGUU